AUGUUUGCAACAACAGCACCAAACUCGUUAGUCAUGAACCCAACUUCAAUGUUAGUAGAGAUGAAAAGCUUCAUUCCUUCUUCAUAUACUUUCGAAACAGAAAUCCAGAAGAUAAAGCAAGAACUUCUCCAAGGAGAUUUAGACUGUAGUGCAAAAGAUGAAACAAAUGAACAGUAUCUUUAUGAAAUGCAAGAUAUUAUAGACCAUUUGCCUAAACUUCCUGAAAUACAACAACAAAAACUCACUAUUCCAGAAUUCGAUGAAAUUGAAGUCAGACUGACUGACUCAGUAGAAAUAAAGAAGUUCAUACGAAAGGUAAACUAUGAGUUUCUUGGAUUUCAUUACAACCACAAAGUCAUGGACAUUGACAUAUAUAAAUCUGAAGAGUUUAAGACCUACGACAACUUUGUUUCGUUAGUUGCUGAGUGUGUAUGGCAGAGAAGAGAUAAAGAUAGAAGAGGUAAGGUAUGGAACCAACAGAUAAAACCCGCAACUUUUGAGUUAAAGAAAACCAUCUACGCCUUACUUGUUUUAGCAGGACAAAUUUCAGAAUAUAACGCAAAAAUGAACUCACAAUGUUCUAAAUGUAAAGCAGCAAUGAGGAAAUAUAACUACUCCGUCAAAGAGAUAGAAAGAAUGAGAAAAGACCAUACUGACUUAAAGAAAGAAGUAGAGAAACCAGCAGAAGAUAAAAUGGACAUGUUGACAUUUCUGAACAAAAACUAUCCAACUGCUAACGAUUUCCUUCUUUCAGAUGUCAAGAAGAAAUAUAAAGAAACCUUCGGCAUAGUUAAAAUUUUUGAUAUCCUUCGUGAAGAAAUAGAAGCUACAAAACUGUUUAAAGUCAUGAACCAUCACAACAUAUACCAUGUAAAACGCUUGUAA